UAAAAUUCGGCUCAGGGACUCUCUGAUCUGGCGCGUCUUAAACCCUAAACUUUGAUUUCGGUUCCAAUGGCGAUUUCUCGUUUCAGAGGUUUUCUGGGUGGGUUUAACGCCUUCCAUGGCGUCCGAAACAUCUUCUCCCAUUCGAGAACAACAGAAACUACCAACUGGAAAUCCUCGCAGCACGAUGAAGCGGCGCGAUUGCUGUCCAGAAGAAUCUAUUCGAUCGGAGAUCCGGCAGCUUCUUUGGUCCCGGUUCUUGACCAAUGGGCUCGAGAAGGUAACCAAGUGAGCAAAUUCUGGCUUUCGAAGAUCAUCAAGGAACUCAGAUCUUUCAAAAGACACUCCCAAGCUCUUCAAAUAUCAAUGUGGAUGAGCGAGAAGAUGAAUAUUUCCCUUGAUCCACGAGAUAUCUCGCUCAGGCUGGAUUUGAUAUCGAAAGUUAAUGGCGUAGAAGCAGCAGAAAACUACUACAACUAUAUUCCAACGCAUCAAAGAACGAUCCAGGUUUAUGGUGCUCUUCUUAACUGCUAUGCUAAUGCAAAAUGCGUUGAAAAAGCAGAAAAUGUGGCGCAAAUGGUAAGGGAUUUGGGGUUGACCAGAGAACUACUGAUGUAUAAUACGCUACUUGACCUCUAUCGGCAGACAUGUAACUAUGAGAAGAUGGAAAGCUUGACUCAAGAGAUGGAAGAAAAUCAAAUCAGGUUCAACAGUUACACGUAUUGCGUCCUUAUAAAUGCUUGUGCGGCUAAAUCUGACACUUCUAAAAUCGAUGAGGUUUUGAAGAAAGCUGAAUCUGAUGAUGAUUAUGGAAUACACUGGUUUGUUUACGUAACUGCUGCAGAAGGGUACAUGAAAGCUGGGCUUGCGGACAAGGCUGUGAUGUCUUUGAGAAAUGCUGAGAAAUUCAUAACCAGGGACGAAAAGAAAUCUCGAUUUUAUGAAUUCCUGAUAACACUCUACGCAAAAGCUGGGUAUAAGGACGAUGUUAUGAGGAUUUGGGGAGUCUACAAAAAGAACGAGAGGGUGUUAAAAAGUGGUUAUGUUUCCAUUAUACCCUCUCUGUUGAGAUUUGAUGACAUUGAAGGUGCUGAAAAGGUUCUUGAGGAGUGGAAGUCCGAAAAGUUUAGCUCGGACAUCCGAGUUCCAAAUUAUUUGAUUGGAUACCACAGCAGGAAAGGUUUUAUGGAGAAGGCAGAAGCCAUCAUAGAGGAGAUGAUCUCGAGAGGCGUAAAGCUCAAUGUAUGGACAUGGUACUACAUGGCUAACGGUUAUCUUCAGGUGGGUAAAUCUCAAGAAGCCGUGGAAGCGGUGAAGAAAACUAUGAAGGCAGCAACUGUGGUCGAUGUCUCCAGGAUGACACUAAACAAUGAUGUUUUGGAAUCUUGUCUGAAAUUCUUGAAGGAGGAAGGAAACAUUGAGGAAGCAGAGGAGUUUGUCAGUUUGCUUGAACGAAAAGGCUUUGCUUCUCCCGAUGUGUAUCAGAGGUUAUUGCAAUACAUAAGAGAAGAAAACCCGAAGCCGAAUCCUAAUCUGUUCGGUGAAUCCGAGGAGAGCAGUGAGGCUUGAAGUUUGUUCUGAACCCACUGGAGGGUGUGGAGAUAGAAAGCAAGAAAAAGAGUGUUUCAGAGCAAGGGAAGUGAGCUUGCAUGGUUCAUCCCUCUUAGGGCUUAUUACCGAGUUUGCUUGGAGAUUUUAAACUUGUUAUAACCCUAAUCUUUGAAAUAAACUGAAAAUGGGUAUUGUUUUGCAGUUUUGUU